AGCACGUGUACGGUAGCGCAGCACCAAAACUGGUUGGCUCGGUUGAUUCUUGUUGUUUCACAACGUUUCCCAUUGCGUUUGUUCGGUUUCGGUACCGUACCUGUGAAGUUCCCAGCACGGAAAGCAGCGAAGCAAAUUGUGCACGGCAAAGGUGCUCCUCGGUGUCAAUUAAUUGUGUCACGUAGUGUAUUGAAUUGGUGUUAGUUUCGGAAAAAAUUGUGUAAAGAAAGUAAAAUAUCAAAACCAGGUGAAAAUUAUUCCCUUUCGCUUGUGUGAGCUUUUGAGAAUCGAAAGUAGUGAGAAAAAUAUCAAACAAGCAAAACAACCCCUUAAAGGAGACAGCUCAUCGAAAAGGAAAACACAGCGGAGUUUAUUAAGCGGAAGCACCCACGGAAGCGUUUCAGUGAUUUUGGGCAUCGAUUAAACAAAACCCAACCUACGACCACACAAAAUGUCCUGGAGAUACGCGUAUUUGACACACUACCGUAACAACGACAAAAUGGCGGAACAAACGACCGGCCGGCAGCUGCAACGGAUCCUUCACUACUCGGUCACACCGUGCCGGCCCAUGCUGGGCCUUCGACGAUCCGAAUGUGCAUUAUAUGACGUUGACUGUGAUGAAGUUUACCCCAGGCUGUACAUCGGCGAUGCCAAUUCAGCUAAGAACAAACAGUAUUUACGGUUGAUCGGUGUAACGCAUGUUCUGAACACGGCGGAAGGAACUCGUUUCGGCCAGGUUGACACGGGACACAGUUACUAUCGAGAUAUGUCCGGUAUCAGGUGUACCUUUAGGUAUAUGGGCUUUCCGAUGAUUGACCAGCCGACGACAGACAUCAGCCGGUACUUCUACAUCGCCUCCAAGUUCAUCGAGAAUGGUAUCAACAGUGGCGGCAAAGUGUUGGUCCACUGUAUGAUGGGUAUGUCCCGAUCGGCAACCUGCGUCCUGGCGUACCUAAUGAUCGCUCGCAAAAUGACAGCCGCCGAAGCGAUCCGCACCGUGCGGAUGCAUCGGGACAUUCGUCCGAACGAGGGCUUCCUACAGCAGCUGGCCGAUCUUGACAACGAGCUGAAGCGUGACCGGCUGUACUAUUGACUCGAGUGUGGACAGCGCUUCAGAAAGAAAUAAUGCCGAUUAUAUUAAUCCAAACACGGUCGGACGGAGACGGGCAGGCGCAGAAAUAGUGGGAACAGCUCUAACCAAACAGCACUCACGGACAUAAUCACGUUCGGUGUGAACUAAUCUCUAACUCAUCAGACACAACGCUAUUUUAACUCUCAUGUACUCAGCGUUCAGCGACCAUAAACACAACACGGGUUGUGCGAAAGCUUGUUAAACAUGUUGGUCCCUUUUUUUUACGUAAAAUCAGCGCUCUAGCGUAGGUUUCCAAGGUGCUCGACAACGGAUGGCAGCUAGUCGGUGGGCAAUAUUGUGAUUUUUAUCGGGGGGUGAAUACUUAUAGUGGGACACUCCAACAUCCAUUCCGAAUUUCUGAGUAAAAGAACUAUUUCGAGUACUACAUCGCCCAGCUAAGAAUUGCGGAGAGUUAAAUAGCGACGCACACAAGAU